GAUUGUCAAUUAUUGUGUAGUCGCGUGUACGCGAAUGGCAUGCCUCAUCGUGUACACAAACGCAAACGCAAAACGCGCAGUGGAAUUCCGUCGUUGUGUUUCCUGGUGGUCACCAGCAGAAGUAAUCCGUAACCCGGUGGAUUAACCAGUGCAGAAAAUGUCACCCAAAUACACGCACGCCAUUGUCGCCAGAAUCUCGAAUGCGCUGCAAGAGAGUGGCAGCUUUGAUGUGCAAUUGGCGAAACAACAGCACGAACAAUAUUGCGCUUUAUUGCGUGAAAUCGGACUCGAUGUCAUUGAGCUGCCACCGGAUGAUGCUCUGCCCGAGGGCGUCUUCGUUGAGAGCAGCGCCGUCGUCUGCAAUGGCGUUGCGCUCAUUGGACGCUCCGAGAAUGCAAAACGACGACGCGAGGCCGACAGCAUGGCCAUCAUACUGAAGAAGGAGCUUGAUAUUCCUGUCAUUGAGAUUGAUGAUCCACAUGCUCAGCUCGACGGGGGCGAUGUACUCUUUACGGGACGCGAGUUCUUCAUUGGCAUCUCGUCGUUUACGAACGAGGAGGGCGCACGUGCCGUGGCCAUGGCAUAUCCUGAAUAUCCAGUGACACCUAUAAGAGUGAACGGAUCGAAGCGUUUGAAGUACUACGUGACUAUGGCUGGGCCGGAUGUGCUCUGUGUGAGCACGAGCCCCACUUGUCAGGAGAUUGUGAAGCGGAUGGAGCGCGAGGCGAGUUUCACCUAUCAGAAGCUGACGCUGCCCGAGGAGAGUGCGGCCAACAUGUUGUACAUCAAUGGCACCAUUGUGCACAGAUCACCAACUGAAAUUCCAGAAGCUUAUAAGACUUUGAAAGAGAAAAUCGACAUUCCAACACGUAACAUUAACAUUAGCGAAUUUAGCCAAUAUUCCAGCGGUUUGAGCUCCGCUUGCUUGCUGCUGCGACGCUGGAAAUCCAUCAGAAGCAUUUGAAUCUACUUCGGCAUGCCGAAGACACAAAAUUACCCUGGCAGAGUGAUGGCAAACUUGUUGUGACAAAACUAUAUGAUAAAAUCAUUGAAUGCAAGUUCCAUCGAGAUAGUUUCAAAGUUAAGCGAGCUGCAUGCAGCAAAGCUCGCGGACAGACGGAAAGCAGGACAAAUUUAUGAUUAAACGGCAAACGCUUCACAAACAAACGAACUGCUUGGAUAGUAAAGCAAAGAACAACUGCAUGUUAUUUUGUAUCUAAAAAAUACGCACAGCGCCUGUUAAUUCUGGCAAACUCAGCAAUAAUAAUAUCCUCGAAUAAUUCAUAUAUGUAUAUUUAAAUUUUUAAAAACGUUAUUUGUUACAACUUUAAGUGAUAGUGUUAAAGUAUUUAUACACACCCCCCACACACACACACACGAAUCUUCGCACACAUUCAAACUAAUCUUUAGAUUUUUGUGCUAUGAACUUCGAAUUACAUUUCAUACUCUUUCAUCAUACACUCUUUAUACAUACAUAUAUUUAAUACUUUUUUAUUGAAUGGGACGACGAGUCCUCAAGCUAACGAAUGACCUACGAAUGUAUCUACUUUACAAGUAGCUGUUAAAUGUGUUCACUGUACUCCCAUAAUAAUAUAACAUUACAAACAACAACAACAAAUUAUCAUAAUAAUAAAUGAAAAUCAUUUGUAAUUUCUUUACAAAG